AUGAAUGACACUCUAUGUGGACAAUUUGAUUUUGUGAGGAAAUAUUUCCCCGAUAAUUCAAGCGAUAUUGCAACACUCGAUUUUGAUGAUAAUUCGGAUUUGAUGAAAUACUGCACUAAUAAAGAUUCAGGAGUAAAUAAAUGCGAUACUGAUCUCGAUAAAAUUACGGCUGGAUUUUUAUGGUUACUUGCACAAUAUUAUUCUAUGUCCAAAGAUAGAACUUAUAGUGAAAAUAAUACUAAUCCAUUUUUUCUAUAUAUGAUUUCAUGGUUUAGUUACAAAAUAAAGCAAAAAUCAAAUCACGAAAACACCCCACUAUACGAUUAUUAUAAUAAAAAUGUAAAAAAUAAUAAUAAAUAUAGUAGUUUUACAAACCCUGCCUAUACAAUUACAGAUAUUGAGGAUGUCUUAGAUAAAAAAAGUGAAUUUUUGAAUAUUAAUAUUGAAGAUCUGUCUAAUUUUUAUGAUGCAUUCAAAUUAUUAUGUAAUAUACAUAGUAAUAUUGCACAGAAUAAAACAGACGUCCUACUGCCAAAUAGUGCUACUAAUUUUGUUAAAAAAUAUGCAGAAUUAACCAAUAAAUAUAAUAUUAAAAAUACCGCAUGUAGUAAAAUAUUAUCUGCUUUAUCAACUGAUUAUAAUAAUUUAAAAAAUAAUUGUAAUAGCAAAGGUGUUCGUUGUAAAGAUUUUCCAUCCAUUCCAGAAACACCCGAAAGCAUUUCUGCACUAUUAUCUGGAGAUACAUCAAGUUCGUCGAUAGGAAAGAGAUUAUUUACAGUUUUAUCGAUAUUUGGUGCAAUAGCAUUUUUUUUAGGGAUUUCUUAUAAGUAUUCGUUAUUUGGAUUUCGGAAACGAUUUAAAAAACAACAUAUAAGAGAAAAAAUAAAAAAUAUAAAGAAGAAAAUGAAUCGUUAA